AUGACGCCUCCCGUUGCCGACGGCCCCAAGACCACCUACGCCGCCGCCGCACCCACCACGCCCUCCAAGGCGGCGGUGACGACGGCCAAUGGCACCCACAUCAAGCCUCCGCAGCCCACGCCCGACCACAAGACCAGCGACGACCCGCGCGAGGACAACCUCCACCUCGCCAUUGCCAAGCACCCCUACGGCGGCGCCGCCAACCUUCGCGACGUCUUCACAAACCAGGACACCGCCUUCUCGUAUGACAAGCGCGACCAGCUCGGCCUCCGCGGUCUCCUGCCCCCGGCGCGCCAGAGCCUCAGCGUCCAGCUGCUCCGCGUCACCAAGCAGCUCCGCAACAAGUCGACCCCGCUCGAGAAGUACGUCUUCCUCGCCAGCCUGCGCCAGACGAAUACGAGGCUCUUCUACGCCCUCGUCAUGGAGCACAUGGAAGAGUGCCUCCCCCUGAUCUACACGCCCACCGUCGGCGAGGCGUGCCAGAAGUUCUCGGAAAUCUACCGCCGUCCCGAAGGCCUUUCGAUCUCGCUCGAGGACAAGGGCCGGGUGGCUGAGCUGGUCGACAACUGGCCCGUCCCCUCGGGCGCGCCCCGCAUCGCCGUCAUCACCGACGGCUCCCGCAUCCUUGGCCUCGGCGACCUCGGCUGGAACGGCCAGGGCAUCUCGAUUGGCAAGCUCUCGCUCUACGUCGCCGGCGCCGGCAUCCACCCUCGCGCCACGGUGCCCAUUGUCGUCGACCUGGGCACCAACAACAAAAAGAACCUCGAGGACCCGCUCUACCUCGGCCUCCGACGCGAGCGGCCGGGCACCGACGAGUACGUCGAGUUCCUCGACGAGGUCAUGGAGGCGCUGCACGCCAAGUACCCCAACCUCAUCAUCCAGUUUGAGGACUUCACCUCGGAGAACGCCUUCAUGUUCCUCGAACGCUACCAGAACAAGUACCCCAUGUUCAACGACGACAUCCAGGGCACCGGCAGCGUCAUCCUGGCCGGCUUCACCAACGCGGCGCGGAUCGCGGCCAAGGAGAGCGGCAAGCCGCUGUGGGACCAGCGGAUCCUCAUGGCGGGCGCCGGCUCGGCGGCCGUCGGCGUGGGCAAGCAGCUGCUCAGCUUCUUUAUGCGCCAGGGCCUGACCGAGGACGAGGCGCGGGAGCGCGUGUGGAUCUUUGACUCCAAGGGCCUCGUCACCCGGGAUCGCGGCGACAAGCUGCCGGAUCACAAGGUCUACUUUGCGCGCACCGACAACGAGGGCAAGCAGUUCAAGUCGCUCGCCGACGCCGUCGACUACGUCAAGCCGACGGCGCUCGUCGGCCUGUCGACGGUGCGCGGCACGUUUGACGAGACCGUGAUCCGCAAGGUGGCCGACAUGAACAAGCGCCCCAUCAUCUUCCCGCUGUCGAACCCGACCGACAACAGCGAGUGCACCUACGAGGAGGCGGUGCGCUUCACCGAGGGCCGCGUCCUCUUUGCCGCCGGGUCGCCGUUCCCCGAGAUUGACGCGUCGCAGUCGCCGACGGGCAAGCGGCUGAUCCCGGGCCAGGGCAACAACUUCCUCGUCUUCCCCGGCAUCGGCCUGUGCGCCGCGCUCUGCAAGGCCUCGCGCAUCACCAACGAGAUCGUCACCGAGAGCGCCCUCGCCCUCUCCGACGCCCUCACCCAGGCCGAGCGCGACGAGGGGCGCCUCUACCCCAAGACGGACCGCAUCCGCGAAAUCAGCCGCGACAUUGCCGUCCGCUGCAUCCAGAUGGCCAACAAGCAAAAGGUCGCAAACGACGGCGGCUACACGGCCAGCAUGGACGAGGACCAGCUGCGCACCUGGGUCCAGGGCGAGAUGUGGGUCCCCAAGUACGGCGGCGCCGACGAUGCCUAG